AGAAUUCCCAGAUCUGCUCCUGCUAAGCGCAAACAAUCUCGAAAUUAUCCCACAGUAAGAUUUAUCAACUAGAUCAUUGAUCCCAUUUAGAAUGACGCAAGCAGCUCCUGUCGUGCAAAAAUUUCAAGAGCUUGCAGCUUCCCAAAUAGUUUCCGAAACAGCAUUCUCCCAGCAGCAUGAUGUCUCUAUCAAGAGCCUUGACGCUUUAGUAAAUUUGCCGCCAUCUGCUUACCCAUAUCACCUUACGAGAGUGGAUAGUAGUCAUAUUGCAAGUACCAAGUAUUUUAAGCUUGUAGAGGAUGCUGUGCAGGAACUUCUAGUUUCGGGCCAAAACUCCGUUGUACCCGUCGAUCUCUGCUCAGAGAAGCUCCCAGGGAUACCACCCAAAUGGUUGAUUACGAAGAUGUUGGACGAAGUGUUAGGCAAGGAAGUCGACAAGUCCUGUUGGCGGCUUGCAGUCUACGAAAAUGCGAUUUCUUGCAUUCCUAAAGAAUAUGAAGUCCAGCGGCGCUCAACAGAGCUCGGUCAGCUAAGAGAUGGAAAGGUCCCCUGGAUCAACCUCCAGAAUCUUUUUGAGGAGAUCCGCGGCCUCCAGCAUUCUCUCAAGGAUCUACAGGACUAUGCCAAUCAAAUUCCUGAAAUCUGCGUCCAGGAUGCUACAGCGAUAUCAAAUCCUUGGCUUUCUCGGCUUCAAAAUGACUGCUUACGCGCGCUAGAGGAAGACCACUAUAUAGACGUGAUGGCCAGGGUCAAUGACAGUUUCCCUGCAGAAUGCAAAAGUAAGAUAUUCACGGAGCUGCAGUCCACCAUCGUCGAUGCUUGCAACGGCGCCUUUCCGGAUAUGAGUCCACCACACACGUUCGAUACUUUUAUCUUGACCUCCAGGGGGUACAAUAUCAACCGGGACCUCCUGCUAAACUCGGCGAAUUUACAUGCACAGAAUGAGUGGCAAGGCCUCCAAGGGCACCAUGACAAGGAACCUCACUUCCGGAUGUCACAGAUCCUUAAUCUAAGCGAUGGUCCCAAGCCUAUUCUUGCUCUAAUGUGUGAAGACAAAAAGAUUUCCAAAGCCAUCAAGGAAAGGUUUUGGAGUGAGAUAUCCAAUUUGGAAUCGGCAAACGAAGCGGAGUUUAGGGACUUCUGGGCAAGACAUGUGGAUGGGCGCACCCAAAACUACGCGGAUGCCUUGGCCGCCAUUGACGAUCCAAAACUGCGAGACGAAUUAUUGAAUGUCGUGUCUCGCUACGUUCAAAAAGACCUCCUUCCAGAUUGGAUAUCAAUGGCACGAUCUCGAGGGUUGGUUCGUAGCCCAAGCGUCAGAAGGAGGAUUCAUGGGCUGGAGCGCACGUCCCAAAAGGAUGAAGUGAAGAUACGGGACCUCGUUUCGCCAACUGAUCCCACACUUGUCGAGCAGUCAAAGCAAGCCCUAGUAAGCGAUCUGGCCCGGAAGAUGGAAAAAUUGUCUGAUGGACUACGACUCUUUCUCAUACUGGUCCUAAUUCUACUCGCUGAACACAAGCCAGGCGUUGUAUACGCAACGGCUAAAUUUGCACCUAGACUGCUGAAGCAACUCAAAUCAUCGUUGGACGUUGAGCAGUACGAGCAGCUACAGGAGUGGAAGGACCAAGUAAAAGCGGGGAAAUUAUCUCCCGGGGACAUCGCCAGCAUGAAGCGGCUGGCUGCAGCUGCAGCCGGGAAUCAUAGCUGAAGUCCCUUCAUCGUAUCUUUGAUCCUUGUACAACGGCUAUCUCGAGUCGAUUUGGAAUUGGGAUGUCGGAUUUGAUUUGAGAUUGACCUCGUGUAGACCUGGAGAUGGGGCC